GCGGCGAGCCGGGGCCCGGGGAGCCCCCCGCCGAGGGCGGCGGGCCCGGGGGGCCGGCGCGGGGCAAGCAGGCCAUCGGGGACAUCCUGCAGCAGAUCAUGACCAUCACCGACCAGACCCUGGACGAGGCCCAGGCCAAGAAGCACGCUUUAAACUGUCACCGGAUGAAGCCAGCCCUCUUUAACGUCCUGUGUGAGAUCAAGGAGAAGACAGGCCUGAGCAUCCGCAGCUCCCAGGAGGAAGAGCCCGUGGACCCCCAGCUGAUGCGCCUGGACAACAUGCUUCUGGCCGAGGGGGUGGCCGGGCCCGAGAAGGGCGGGGGGUCCGCGGCCGCCGCCGCCGCCGCCGCCGCCUCGGGCGGCGGGGUGUCCCCCGACAACUCCAUCGAGCACUCGGACUACCGGAGCAAGCUGGCCCAGAUCCGCCACAUUUACCACUCGGAGCUGGAGAAGUACGAGCAGGCGUGCAACGAGUUCACGACGCACGUGAUGAACCUGCUGCGGGAGCAGAGCCGGACGCGGCCGGUGGCCCCCAAGGAGAUGGAGCGCAUGGUCAGCAUCAUCCACCGCAAGUUCAGCGCCAUCCAGAUGCAGCUCAAGCAGAGCACGUGCGAGGCCGUCAUGAUCCUGCGCUCGCGCUUCCUGGAUGCCAGGCGGAAGCGCCGUAACUUCAGCAAGCAGGCCACCGAGGUCCUCAACGAAUAUUUCUACUCCCACCUGAGCAACCCGUACCCCAGCGAGGAGGCCAAGGAGGAGCUGGCCAAGAAAUGUGGCAUCACCGUCUCCCAGGUCUCCAACUGGUUUGGGAAUAAACGGAUCCGGUACAAGAAGAACAUCGGGAAAUUCCAGGAAGAAGCCAAUAUUUACGCCGUGAAGACGGCGGUGUCCGUCACCCAGGGCGGGCACAGCCGGGCCAGCUCUCCCACGCCCCCGUCCUCCGCAGGUUCCGGGGGCUCCUUCAACCUCUCAGGGUCUGGAGACAUGUUCUUGGGGAUGCCUGGCCUCAACGGAGAAUCUUACCCGGGCUCCCAGGUCGAGUCUCUGCGUCACUCCAUGGGGCCCGGCGGCUACGGGGACAACCUCGCGGGAGGGCAGAUGUACAGCCCCCGGGAGAUGAGGGCGAACGGCGGCUGGCAGGAGGCCGUGACCCCGUCCUCGGUGACGUCCCCGACGGAAGGGCCCGGAAGCGUCCACUCCGACACGUCCAACUGACCGCCUCGUCCCCGCUCCGGGGUCGGGGGCGGCUCCUCGGGGCCGGGGAGGGUGGUCCCGGCCCCCGGAAAGCACCAAUGAGAAGCACAAGGCAGACUGAGGGACAAAUUGGGGCAGGGGUGUCUCUACCGGGUGGGGAGGGCAGGACUGUGUCCCUCUUUCUCUCACUCCCUUCUCCCCUUUCCCGUUCCUCGCUCUCCCCCC